AUGACAGAUAAUCCAAAUUUACAUGUAUUCCCAGAAUUUUAUUGUUCUUAUCUAUUGAGGUCUAUUCCAAAACGACUUUCGUAUUACAUUGGAUCAACUCCCAAUCCAGUCAGAAGAUUAAGGCAACACAAUGGUUUACUCACAAAAGGUGGAGCGUACCGGACUAAACGUGAGGGUACGAGGCCUUGGGAACUAGUUGUUUUUGUAUAUGGAUUUCCAAGCAAAAUUGCAGCUUUACAAUUUGAGCACGCAUGGCAGCACUCGUAUAAAACACGAUUUAUAGCAGCAGACAAGCGUGUGGUAAAGAAUAAAACUUCAGGAAGAAGUAUUCAUCAGAAGAUUGCAGUGGUUAAACUACUUCUAAGUCAUCCAUUUUUUGCUGUUAUGAACUUAACUGUUCAAAUAUUUAGUGAGGAGAUUCAUAACAUAUGGAUGCAAGACAAAUUUAAGGUUGGUACUGCUGCUGUCAAUUUCCAAGUUACUCAAAAUGCAUCAACUGAACUCUACGAAGAUAAUGAUGAAGAUAUAGUAGAAUAUGCAAUGCAGAAUCUAAAGCUAAUCGAAGUAUUCUAUGAGGAAGUUAUUCAAAAAUACAAAAAAUAUUUAGACCGAUAUCAAGAACGCUUGACGUAUGGUCAGCUUCCUUGUAAUAUAUGUGGGAAGAAGUUGAAUGCUAUCGAGGAUGAUCAUAAAACACUGGUUUGUUUCUGUAUCAGUGACGUUUGCAACUUUAUAUCAUGUUUAGAGUGCCUGUAUUAUUUGUUUGUGAGCGGAGAAGAAGUAGAAACAGGUAACAAGCCAAUAAUACCCACUAAGGGCCAAUGUCCCACCUGCAGUGUAGAAAUGAGUUGGUCAAAUAUAGUUAAGUAUUCGACAAAAAUAUAUGAAAAAACAUAA